CUUAGCGCUCACACGCGCCCUCGUGUGAGGGGGAUGAACGUGGAGUGGGAAAAAAAGAUAGAGAAAGGGGAGAGAAGAAAGUCACCGCACACACAAAAUGUAUUUUCACCUGGAGUUGUAUCCACUUAGCGGAUCAAACUAGUGCCUCGUUCUUACGACUUUUAGUAGUAGUUUGUUUUUUUUUGUUUAAAAAAUAUUCUGGUGAUUUCUGUGUUUUUCUGUAGUCCAAUUUAAAGUUAUUGUUGUUUUAUUUCGUCAUUUGUCUCGAGAGAUGGAUUUACUCGAUGUCAUUGUUGGAGCCUAGCUACAGGUGUGUCUCCAACUCUAGUCAAUAGAUGGCGAAUGGUGAAUAAGAUGUGCACCUCAGAACACUGUGGAUAAUGACACACAAGUCCCUGACUACACAAUGGAUGAUGACACAGUCACGGCGGAGCAUCUCGCCAGUACUAAGAAAUGAUCUAAAGAGUUUCAUAAGUUUUUGUGUUUUCUUUUCGGCAUUUGGAUUACACUCCUACUGGGUCAAGGGUCACUGAAUGGAGAGUUUCAACAGAUGGUAUGGUUGGAUCACGUGACUAAAUGUUGAUUUUUUUUUCUUACCCUUAAUGGCCUGUGUUGUCCAGCAUGGAAUAAAUUAUUAAGUCAAGGGCUGUAAUUAGUUCUAAACGCAGUGCUAGCAUUCAGUAGGAACUCCAGUGGUGCCCAGAAUUUUUAGACCCGGCACUGUUUUAGACAUGAGUGUCACGGACUGCAUAUUCGCAAAAUAAGUAAAUAAAUAAUAAUAAAAAAUAAUUAUAAAGGGACUACGGUGAAUUUUGUUUCUUUUUAACGAAACUCGACCCUGGCAGAGCCAGAGAAUGAAUGCUCGUUCGUUUCUAACAUAAUAAUAAUAAUAAUAAUAAUGAUAAUAAUAAUAAUUCCUCAGUGGACACUGAUAAAGGGACUACAAUGAAUUUCGUUUCUCUUGAAUAAAACUUCGACCCUGGCAGGGCCGGACAAUGAAUGCUCGUUUCUAACAUAACAAUAAUAAUAAUGAAAAUAAACUUAAUCUCUUUGACUACACCAUACAUCGUGCGCAGCUGUUUCGAGAAGCCAGACGGCAGCGCGUCAAGAGUUGUGGUCUGCUGGGCCUCACUGCAUGACGUCAUUGAUAACUGUUUGACUCCUGGUUUCUCAGCAGGAAACGGAAGUGAUGCCAGCAAUAGUGAAGCAUAAAACAUAAUCUAGAAAGUAAUAGUUACAGAAAUCUAUGUGGAACAGACGUAGAAAUAUUUCACACGCAAUAUAAUGGGAAUAACAUUCUACUGGAAGAAACAGAUCUAACAAGAUCUUAAAGGAAGAAACAGAUCUAACAAGAUCUUAAAGGAAGAAACAGAUCUAACAAGAUCUUAAAGGAAGAAUCAGAUCUAACAAGAUCUUAAAGGAAGAAACAGAUCUAACAAGAUCUUAAAGGAAGAAUCAGAUCUAACAAGAUCUUAAAGGAAGAAUCAGAUCUAACAAGAUCUUAAAGGAAGAAACAUAGAUGUAAUAGGCGGAAUGGUUAAUAUAUUUUGUCCCCCCCUUCCACGCCGUCUCAAUGAAAACUUCUCCUUAAGCUGAACUGGAUUCGUUUCAAUACUGGAGGAAGAUUGUUUCCAAUUACGUCAUUUGUUUUUUACAUUAACGUCAAAACUACGUCAUUCUUUGACAGUAACGUCAGACUACGUCAUUCUUUGGCAGUGCUGUCAGACUACGUCAUUCUUUGGCAGUGCUGUCAGACUACGUCAUUCUUUGGCAGUGCUGUCAGACUACGUCAUUCUUUGGCAGUGCUGUCAGACUACGUCAUUCUUUGGCAGUUACGUCAGACUACGUCAUUCUUUGACAGUGCUGUCAGACUACGUCAUUCUUUGGCAGUGCUGUCAAACUACGUCAUUCUUUGACAGUUACGUCCGAAGUUUACGGAAUACGUCAACACCAAAAGAGAUCUUAAUAAAUAAAGGGAAACCAGAAGUGACUGGUCACCAGACGGACCACGAUGUGUCCACUAUUGUCCAGGCUGCACCAGAAUGGCUGAAUGCUGGGGUUGGUACGGCAUGCGUGUACCCUGGCGGAUUAGCUGGAUGUUCAUGCUCUUGGCUGUAGACACGCUGACGGCUGAUUUAGAUUCUACUGAGUCUCCAUUCAUGGCUGAUCCUUUUGCCCCAUUGAGGAAAUCUGUGACCAAGGAAGCACCCACACCGCGUUACCUUGGGCGCUACAGUGGUAAAUUGUACCCCCCGCCUUCUAGAGACAUGACCACCAGGCUCCCAGAGUUUUUACCCGACGGCCCACGACCUUUCAUCCCUGACCCAAGCUUCCUGCCCGGUGACCAAGACAUAAUUGCCAACCAGGGCGACGUGGCGGUGCUACCAUGUACAGUUCAACACCUGGGUACCAGACAGGUGUCCUGGAACAAGGUGGGUGGAGAGCACUUUCUCAGCAUCGGCACCGAGGUGUGGGUGCAGGACGCCAACCUGGAGGUCGUCCACUACACCUGGCCUGCCGGGGUCGGUGAGUGGAAUCUGGUGUUCAGGGAGGUCCGAGCUCAGGACGCAGGGGUGUACGAGUGCCAGAUUAUUUCUACAGAGAAGAUCAUCUGGAAGGUCAAGCUGACAGUUGUAGAUAAGCCACCACAUAAGCCAGAGAUAAGGAUAGAAGGGAAAUCCUUCGUUGAGUCGGGGCAGUCCGUGUACCUCCGAUGUAACACGACAGAAGGAGACCGUAUCCCUGACGACGUGGAUUGGUUUAAAGAUGGCGACAAGAUUGAAGCCAAAGAAUACCCUAAUGUUGUCAUCACAAAAUUCAGGUCCAGAGAUACCAUGUCACUGGUCAGCGAGCUGGUCAUAUCGCCUGGCACCAGCAACGACUCUGGCACCUACAUCUGCAGGAGCUCUUCAGAGCUCAUCGCCAGUGUGGAGGUCAACGUGUUAGUGGCCGACAGUUCCAAUGUCAAAAGAGGUACAGGCGUCUCUCAUACACAAACCGGAAGUGGCUACAAUGCCGGAAGUCCUCUACAAAACCCCAAAAUUUAUUUUACUGGCAAUGUACUUUUGGUGUGUCUGUCAGUACUGGUUUCAAUGUGUAUCAACCGGCUCAACACAUGACACAGUGCACAGACAGAUUAGACAUUCAAAUUGUUCUAAAGCUUCACAUUGCGAAGCUCUAACCGAAUUGGAGCUAAAGGACUGCAUUAAUGGUCGUUGUCCAGGGCCAAAACGAUGAUUCCCUCGAGAUGUUUUGCAAAAAAAAAAAAUAAGAAAGAAAACUCUAUUCUGACUACUGACAGUAUAUUAAGUAUAAUUUAUUCAAGGCAGUGAUAUGGAGUUGUGUAUAUAUCUCAGCUUAGUGUGUGUAUGUAUAGAGCCUUGAUGAGUCGCCUGUAUAACUGUCACAUCCAGCCACAGCCAUGAUCAUUCAAAAGUUCAUACAUUCAAGUCUUGAACUACUUAUUUCCGUUAAGGUUCAACUGGAGUUCAAGGUGAAAACAUUGCCUUGGUCAGAAAGCUAGAGGAACUUUUUUCCUUAUAGACUUUCAGUGGAGUUGCAAGUAUUUUCUUCUGGAAGGAUCAUUCAACUGUCGCCCCCUCUGGCAUGGUUUCAAAUCUAACUUUUAAUGUCUUUACAAAAAUGUAUCACCUUUUAAAGGAUUAACAAAUUCCUACAGAGAAGAUAUUUUUUAUGUUUAAUAUUUUUUCAUCGCCAAUAUAUAUUUGUCUCUGUCAGGAUUUUGAAUCAACAGUGUGGAUACGCAGAGAACUUGGUCACUUCAAAGUUUUCAUGACUGGAUUGUAUAGUCGGCGGAAUCAAUGCAAUAGUUCCAUCUAUAAUUUGUGUAUUGCAAUGCCAACUGUCACAAUGAUUUUUAUUUGUAAACUCGUCUUGUUACUAGCAAGUAGCGUUUCUAGCUUGACACUAGACAAGGCGUUUAUCCAGUAGGGAAAAAUAGUGAUAAAAGUAGCAAACGAGUUUCCAAGAAGGAAAUAGCUAUCUGGCCCUGAACACUGCAAACAAGGGAUGUCUCGAAAUUUUAGACUAUAUAGAUUUACGAUGUUGGAGUCUCAGAUUAGUAUCUCUGUGUAGGUAUGCACAUCUAGUCAUGCAAGUUGACUUUGUAAUUCUGAGCGUACCGACUGACUUGAAGUGUACUGACUGACUAGAAGUGUACUGACUGUGUCACUGACUAGAAGUGUACUGACUUACUAGAAGUGUACUGACUCGGUAGAAGUGUAUCGACUGACUAGUAGUGUACCAACUGACAAGAAGUGUACGAAAUGACUAGAAGUGUACCAAAAGUUUUAUUGUAGUUUAUUAAUUUAUUUUAGUAAAAUGACAUGAACUUUAAAUUAGGAAAGAUGUUUUAAAAGUCUCCCCUUGUAACACGUAAUCAAUUAUUUCUUUUCCAAUUGGCUGGCAUUGUUAUUGUUGAUACAAUGAUGUGUAAAUGACUUCAGAAUUCCAAAUGUUUGUUUACUAUAAAUCUUGUACUUGAUGUUUUGAUGUACAGAAUGUAGAUUCUAUUUCGUCCAUACAUUUAUGUCUUCAAUGUUUGUAACACAUCAGGGAACAUACUCUCCAAAUUCUAUUCAUCGUUAGGUUGAUGCAAGCUUUCUUCAAACGAGAGGCACUGUGUGUUCACUAGUUUUUCAUUGAUGUUUCUGUUUUCAUUUACGAUGGAGAAGAUUUAACACAUUAUUGAAACACAAGAUUUAAACGGGUUCCUUUAAUUUAAAACUUUAAAAUCACAUUGUAUCAAAACAAACUCCAAGAUUGGUGAGAUGAGAACUAUUCAAGACUCCUAACAGUUAUCUCUACACUGGUAAUGUAAUUCUGAAGUGAAAUAUAAAAUAUUUAGAGUAUUCUAGAAAUUUGCAGGGGUCUGAAUUAUCCAGACGUGGACUUUGAGAACUUUCUAAUGCGUCUACCUGUUACAAUUUCACGUUUUUUUUUUCUUCUCUUCCUGCAAUAUCUCGGGGGGGGGGGGGGGAUAAGGUACUGGUACACCAUUUAUUUUUCUUUAAACCAAACUAGUCAAUAAUGGAGAAGCCCUAAUAUCACUUUCCCCAGACCUAGACAAAGAAGUGAACUGUGUGACCUAGCGAGACCAUUUAUUAUAUUGGUCUUGGUUGGACCUAGUCAAGAGAGAGAAGUCUGUAGGUUCUGUUGUCUUUUUUUUUUUUGUGUCCCUUCUUUUUCCGUGUUGGUAUGAUAGGAACCCCAGGCAAGCCUCAUAAUUCCGUAAAUAUGUUAUAAACACAUAAUAGCUCACAUAUAACGAAGCGCUCACAACUGACAUUCUGAAGUGCACAUAUAAGCACACAAAUAUAAGUACAUACAGUGAAGUACACAUAUUCUUCUUUUUGAACUAACCUUUGAAGAUCAGAAUUAAGACUGGUAAGAUUAGUUUGUUUCAUUUCUGGCAGGCCUAAUUUUUAUUAUGUCGGAGACUGUGCUGUGUUAGAAAACAAAUUUCCUUUCUUGAAACGUAUUCAUUCUGCAGAGAAUCGACUCAAAUAAAAUGUUGCAAAAAAACUUGCUGUAUUGUCCUGUAACUUGCUGUAUUGUCCUGUAACUUGCUGUAUUGUCCUGUAACUUGUUGUAUCGUCCUGUAACUUGUUGUAUCGUCCUGUAACUUGUUGUAUCGUCCUGUAACUUGCUGUAUCGUCCUGUAACUUGCUGUAUCGUCCUAUAACUUGCUGUAUUGUCCUGUAACUUGCUGUAUCGUCCUGUAACUUGUUGUAUUGUCCUGUAACUUGGUGUAUUAUCCUGUAACUUGCUGUAUUGUCCUGUAACUUGGUGUAUUAUCCUGUAACUUGCUGUAUUGUCCUGUAACUUGGUGUAUUGUCCUGUAACUUGCUGUAUUGUCCUGUAACUUGCUGUAUCGUCCUGUAACUUGUUGUAUUGUCCUGUAACUUGCUGUAUUGUCCUGUAACUUGCUGUAUUGUCCUGUAACUUGGUGUGGACACAUGUUUCUUUUCAAAUGACUUGAGCGUAAAAUGUUUAACCGUAAAUAAUGUGUACAAACUAUUGAUGUGUUUCAU